CAUAAAAGCAGAGUUUGUUUGAGUCGUAGCAGCAGGUAGUUGAAGCAGUGUGUUGUAGCAGCCACUAGAGAGGAGCAUUGUACAGGUUUUAAUCCUGACAGCAGCAGCACAGAGCAAACUGAAGGAGUCUUACUGAGUUCAGACUGAGUGAUGGACUCUGAAUCCAGCAGACCGAUGGAGGUGGCGGCACUCGGUCGACCUUUCAGCCUUGGGAUGUUGUACGACUGCCGCAGUGAUUCACUCAUCACUGGAAUGACAUUGUGGGAUCGCAGUGAUCUGAAAAAAGAUAUUGGAGAAAGACCACAGAACUAUAAUGACUUUGAGAUAGUUGCAUCUGAAUCAAUUGAGGACAAAUCUUCAGCAUUAAAUGUUGAAGCAUCACUGAAAGCAAGUUUCUGUAGUGGACUCAUAGAGGUUGGUGGAUCUGCCAAAUACCUGAAAGAUAGUAAGACUUCAAAAAAUCAGGCCAGAGUAACACUGACGUACAAAGCUACCACAAAGUUUCAGGAACUGUCAAUGGAUCAUCUUGGAAGAGACAAUGUGAAGCAUCCGUAUGUCUUUGAUAAAGGAUUAGCAACACAUGUAGUCACAGCUGUUCUUUAUGGGGCACAAGCCUUCUUUGUCUUUGACCGUGAGGUGUCUGAACAGGAAGAUCAUCAAGACAUUGAGGGUAACUUGAAGGUGAUGAUCAAAAAGAUUCCCACCAUUGCUAUAAAGGGUGAAGGUUCACUGAAAAUGGAAGACAAGGACAAAGCAAAUGUUCAGAAAUUCUCCUGCAGGUUCUAUGGAGACUUUUCCAUUCAGAAACCUCCUACAACUUUUCAGGAUGCAGUACAAAUCUACCAAAGUCUGCCACAGUUGCUGGGAACUAGCGGAGAGAACGCUGUACCAAUGAAGGUCUGGCUGUUGCCACUCGCUAGUUUAGAUUCUUCUGCUGCGAAACUCGUCCGUCAGAUAAGUAUAGGACUAGUUCAGCAAUCACAGAGUGUCCUGGAGGACUUCAGUGAGCUGGAAAUGAGGUGUAAUGAUGCACUGAAAACCACCACUGCACAGCAGUUCCCACAGAUUGGCAAAAAACUUAAAACCUUUAAAGAGAUGUGCUCUGAGUUCAAGCUGGAAUUCCAACAAACCUUGGCAAAGAAACUUCCAUCAAUCCGAGGAGGAGGAGAAGAGGAGGCUGUGCUCGCAGAGAUCCUGAAGAAGAGACAUUCUUCUCCUUUCAACAGCAAAGACCUGAACGAGUGGAUGGACUGUAAAGAGAGAGAAAUGUACACUUUAAAGUCUUUCACCAACAUAAUGAAAAACACCAAGAUUGUCCCGUCUCAAACAGACCUGUACAAGGAAAGUCUCAGUGUAGAUUAUUCAGUGUGUUUUGUUUUCACCUCACUGGGAAGUGAUGAACCGUUCCUCUCAGCUUUAUCAGACUACUUAAAAGGACAAACCAAACCAGACGACCCUCAACAUUCACAUACUCAUGAUGUAGAGAAGGAACAAUGGUAUUCCUCAAAAGAAGUAGCAGAUGCAAUGAGAAACAAAGCAAAGCUCUUCAGUGACUUUGCAGAGGCCAACAAGGAGAACAAGAACAUUAAGUUCUUGAUAGUUGGUUCAACAAAUGAGGCAGAGAAAGGUUCAAGCAUCUACCUUUAUAAAGAUGGCUUUUCUGUAAGUGAGAACUUUGAGCCGCCUUCAAAGCCUGAAACAGUGACAGUCAGCGACAUAAACCACAACAGUGUGACACUGAAGAUUUCUCCACCCAGAUUUGGAGCAGAGAACAUCACCUCCUACUCUGUUGAGUACUGUGUCAGUGGAGAGGAUGGAUGGCAACAACAGACAGCAUCAAAAGCUGAAGAAGUCACAGUGAGCGAUCUGAGUCCUAACACAGAGUAUAUGUUCAGAUGCAGAGCAGUGACCUCAGUAGGUGUUGGACCAGCCAGUGUAGUCAGUGGUUCCAUUAAAACCUUACCUUGCAGCCCUCCUGGAAAACCUCAAGUUGAACCAAACUCAAUUGAGAUAUCAGUGAGCUGGGAGAAACCUGCUGAGUGUGGACAAGAUGUCCAGAUACAGAGCUAUAUCGUGGAGUACGCCAAAACAGACAACGGGAUGAAAGAGGAAGAUCUCCAAUGGAACCAAAUGAUGUCGAAGGCUGAAAACAGGAUCAUUUCAGAGCUUCAGUCAGAGACAGAAUAUGUUGUCAGGGUCAGAUGUGAUUGUGGUGCAGCUGGAAGAAGCAAAGAAAGCAUCUCUGUUAAUGUCUGCACAACAACAAUUACACAUCUUGCAGAAUUCCUCAGAAGUACAAGUGAAAGGUUAAAUUCUGAAUCACCUUCAGUUUACAAACUAUUGCUAAAAGAAGAAGAUAUGGACAUCGAUGGAUGCAGAAGAUACAGUUUUGGCAAAGAAAGCACGAGGCAAACCCGAACAAUAAUGCUUUUUGGAGAGAGCGGAUCAGGAAAGUCCACUCUGAUCAAUGGAAUGAUCAACUACAUUGUUGGUGUAGAAUGGAAUGACAAUUUCAGAUUCAGAUUAGUUGAUGAGGAUCAGUGGAGAUCACAAGCUGAAAGCCAGACCUCUGAAGUCACAGUGUACAAAAUCAACCACCAGGAGGGGUUUAAAAUCCCCUUCUCUCUGACCAUCGUGGACACACCAGGGUUUGGAGAUACAAGAGACAUAAAAAGACACGAGGAGAUCAUUGAACAUCUAUGUAAUCUCUUCUCUGCUGAGCUUGGUGUCAGUGAAAUUGAUGCUGUGUGUUUUGUAGCUCAGGCUGCUUCAGCACAACUCACACUAUCACAGAAAUAUAUGAUUGAUUCAGUUCUCUCAAUCUUUGGUAAAGAUGUGGCAGAAAACAUCAGGGUUCUGGUGACAUUCGCAGACAGCCAGCGUCCACCAGUUCUAGAGGCAAUCAUUGCUUCAGGUGUCCCAUGUCCAAAAACAGAAGACGGGCUGCCAGUUCACUUCAAAUUAAAUAAUUCAGCUUUGUUUGCAGACAAUAAAUCAGCAGCAGCAGACAGCAUGAGUGAGGAUGAGGAAGAUGAAGGCUUUGAUCAGACGUGUUGGAACAUGGGAACAAAUAGCCUGAAGAGGUUCUUUGUUGCUUUGAAUGUCACUGAGACCAAAGGUUUGACGAUGACGAAGAACGUCCUCAGAGAAAGAGAGCAGCUUGAGAGCUUAGCUGAAAAAUAUGUGAAUCAGGACAUAAUAGAUAAUCUUUCAUCAUUGUCAGAGGAUGCAGACCAAAUUGAGAUGGUGAUCGAGUGUUUGAAAAGACUUAAAGAGAAAUCACUGGAGCCAAAUCUUCUCUCAGUUCCAGAGUGCAUUGACAUUCUUAUUGUGGGACUGAAAUCUGAGGCCAGACCAGACUGGGAGAAACAAGUUCGAGACCUUAAAGAGGUAAGAGAAGAGUGGGAAGAUGAAGAUGAAGAUGAAGUUGAUGAUGAUGAUGAUGAUGAUGAUGAUGAUGAAAAGAUGAAGAUGAUGAUGAAGAUGAUGAUGAUUUCAUCUACUUGAGGAAUCAGAUGGUGAUGGUGAUAUUAAGGAUUUCAUAUUCACGAUAUAUUAAAGAUAGUGAUGUCUGCUUGAUUGAGAGGAAGUUGUAGAUGAAGAUGAUGAUAACUGUGAAGAUGAUGAUGAUGAUGAUGAAGAUUAUGAUGAUGAUGAUGAUGAUGAUGUCAUCUUCUUGAUGAGGAAGAUCAGAAGGGUGAUGUCAAUGAUUACAUAUUCAUCAUAUAUUGAAGAUAGUGAUGUCUGCUUGAUUGAGAAGAAGAAGAUGAUGAUGAAGAUGAUGUCAUCUUCAUCAUCAUCAUGAAGAAGAUGUCGGUAUGAUUAACUCUUCUUCAGGGAUUGUUUCACUCUGUUGCUAUUUAUCUUUCACUCAUGCUCAACCUAUCAGGACCUAUAGACCAAUGAAGGGCUAGGGAUUUGGUGCCUUGCUCAAAGGCACAUUGUCAGUGCCCAGGAGGUGAACAGGAACCUCUCCAGCUACCAGUCCAAACUCUGUACCGACUGGUCCGUGCUGAUAUUGAACAAAAACCCUCUGGUUCCCAAGUAAAGUCCCCACGGACCAGUUCACAGUGAUCACAGAGGGUUUGGGCUUUUUAUGAAUUUAUUUGAUCGGACAGUUGAAGAUAAACAGUGAUUACAAAAUCAACUAAUCCAAGACUAACAAGAAAUUCUCAAAUAUAAAUGUGUCUGAGAGAAAGAAAAAGUGCUCAGUUUUCUGUUGUACAAACAUAUUCCAGCAGGAAUUAUCUGCAUGUGCUGUUUAAAGGAAAACACAGAUUUACUGUGAGUUCUGAUAAAUGUUUAAAUGUGACCACAGUUUGUGAACCAUUAACUUCCUGACACCAUUAACACCAAUGUAAAGCUUUAAGUCUGCAGCUCUGUUAACUCAACAAACCUCAACACUGAAAAUGUGAUUUUAUUUCCUAUUAUGAUCAUUUAAAUUAUCUUUGCAUUAAAGUUUUGGUUUUAUUUUCUUUGAGGUUUAAACACAUAGUUAAUGUGAAUGUUAAUGACUUAUUAUACUGAUGUGUUGAAUUACAUUUUAUUGUCCUGUAGUAAUAAGGUGGCUUCUACUGAAUGAUGGAGAGAUGAUGAACUGAUAAACAAUCAAUCUAAUCAGAUAUGUAUAUUAAUAAUGUUUCUGUCAGCAGUGUCACUAUAACCUGUCCAACAUCCAGUGAUGAAGAUAAUAGACUCUGUUCAAAUGGACGCUGGACUGUCUGGAACUUAUUUUGUUUUUAUCUUUAAUCUUUGAAUCUGUUUCCAUUGCACCCAGUUUACAUUGUUCAUAUAUUUUACACUGGGUUAUCAGCUUCCUGCUUAUUUUAACAUGUUUUAUCUACUAGUAACUUUAUUUUGUUGAAGGUUUGAAAACAUGAAGACAAUCUGAAUCAUUUGAAUUACUCCUGAUGUGUAUUGACUUACAUUAUAUUGUCCUGUUGGGUAAUACGAUGGCCCCCACUGAAAGAAAUCAUUCAAUAAUAAUCAAUAAAUAAAUGUUAUAAUUACAA